UCCGGUAUCUUUCAACGUCUUAAGACAACUAUGUGCAUAGGUAUUUCAAUAAGGUUCAGAAGAUAAUUCACUUUCUAUUUUACCUACCUCAGUUUACUCCAUGAUAAAACAUGAAAGAAAUAAAUUUUACCUUAUUGUGCAUUUUUGUGGGAUAUGUUCCACAAAUGGACUGUGCUAAAAUACUCGGAGUGUUUGUGAUACCUGGUCCCAGCCAAUACAUGGCUGGAAGUACAAUGAUGAAAAUUUUGGCCAACAAGGGACACCAGGUAACUGUUCUCAGCGUUUUUGGAGAGAAACAUCCACCAGAAAAUUACAGAGACGUAGUUUUGCAUGGUAUUUACGAAAAAUUCACCACGGAGCAGCAAUCGAACAUGUUCAAUCGUGUGUCCCAAGACUACCUGAAGCCGUUAGAGAUCCACCAGAUGACCAUGAUGCUCAUGGACAACGUUUUCAACCACACCAAUUUCAAGAAACUAAUGGACUCGAACGAAGAUUUCGACUUGGUCAUUGUAGAACAGCUGCAAACGGAAGCAUUGAAGUACAUCGCCCACCAUUUCAAAGCGCCCCUGAUUAUAUACAGCGCGAUGGAUUCAAACUAUUGGACAAACCCGUACCAGGGAAAUCCAGAACCGCCAUCUUACGUCCCCAACGUCCAUCUACCAUACACAUGCUCCAUGAACUUCUUCCAGCGCUUAUGGAACACGCUCAUGUACUGUUACAACGAGUUGCUACGCGAGCUUGUGGUGCAUCCCCAACAGAACGCGCUGUUGCGUAAAUAUUACCCACAGGCGCCAAGUCUGGAGAGUAUGGCGUACAACGUGUCCUUGGUACUGUUGAAUUCGGACAUGAGCGUGUACGAGCCAGUACCAAAGGUCCCUAGCAUGGUUUCUAUUGGAGGUUUUCACAUUCAGCCUCCCAAAGAUCUACCGCAAGACCUGCAGAGAGUAUUGGACGAGGCAGAGAACGGAGUUAUCUAUUUCAGCAUGGGUUCUAAUCUGAAAGGAAAGAAUAUACCGAAGGAAACUAGGGAUUUCAUAUUGAGAACGUUAUCUGAACUCAAGGAAGUGGUAUUGUGGAAAUUUGAAGAUGAGAACUUGGAAGGGAAACCUAAAAACGUGAUCAUCAAGAAAUGGUUUCCACAGAAUGACAUACUGGCCCAUAAAAACGUCAAGGUUUUCAUCACCCAUGGCGGUAUCUUCAGUUCAAUGGAGGCAGUUUAUCACGGAGUACCUUUGUUGGCUCUACCUGUAUUUGCAGACCAGUACAUGAACAGCAUAAGAGCUACAUUGAACGGUUAUGCUAAGUAUAUACCCUUCAGAGAACUUACGGAAGAAUCUUUUCGUAGGGACCUAGAACAAUUACUGAAGAAUCCCAUAUACAGAUCGAAUGUAGCUAAAAGAUCACUGAUAAUGAAGGAUAAGCCCAUUUCGCCCAUUGAUAAUUUGAUUUUUCAUGUUGAAUAUGUGAUACGUCACAAAGGUGCCCAUCAUCUUAAAGUUGCAGCUUUGGACCUCAACAAAUUUCAGUAUCUUCUACUCGAUGUAGUAGCAUUCAUUUUAUGCUCAGUAUUAGUGAUAAUUUUACUCAUCAAAUGUACUCUGAAGAGAUUGUUCAGUUCGAAAAACACUAAGAACAAAGAAGAAUGAAAACUUCAAA